CCGGGUUGUCUGUCUUCAAGGUCAGGAGUGUGAUUUGCAUGUUCAUAAAACUAUACUUUACGGUCGAGCCAGUCAAAAUCGCGAUUAUGAAAUUCAAGUAUCAUGUGUGACGAGCAGUAAACGCUCCUCUGUAUGCUGCUAGAAAUCCUUAGAAAAUAUUCGUUAACUGAAAAUGACCUCGUUUGAUGCCGAAAAAUAUGUAAAUGACCCGAAUAUCGAGAUACAAUGGGCUGAACAUUGUUUCCGUGAUGCAGAAGCUUAUUUUCGCUUACUUUGCUCAGUCUCUGACCCCUCACAAUUAAGACUGACUGCCAUAGAUGAUUUCAUAUUCGACAAAUUUAUGGGAGAGUUUAGUGAUAUACAAUUAGACGUUAUUUCUGAAGAUUCUUUGAAGUCGGAGCAAUCAAAAGCAAAAUGGCGACCAUUUUGCAAUGAAUUUGAAAAGAAAGUUGAAGAUUUCAACUUCGGUACUUUAUUGAGACUUGAUGCCUCAAAAGGAUACUGUCCAGAAAACACUUGCAUCGUUCCUAGAAUACAGUUUCUUGCCUUAGAAAUCGCACGUAACCGCCUUGGGAUCAAUAACACUGAGAAGCUCAGACAAUUACAGGGAUAAAUCUGUACAUAUUUUAUAUAUUUUUUCUAUAAAACUUUGUAAUUUGCCUUGUUUAAAGACUUUAUUGGGAUUUUAAAGAUGACAAAUCGAAGCUCACUACAUGUAUGAAUAUUUUUUAAUAACAUCACAAACAACUAUGCUACUGAUCACCAUACCUUGUUAAUCAACCUUGAAAUAGUUAUUCCCACAUUACUUUAUUCAUCGAAUAAGCU